CUGUUUACGAAAUUUUGAAGCUGCCCGCGAGAUAUUUGCGUCGUGGCCUCGUGGCAAAAUAUGUUAGUAGUUAGUACCGCCAAAAGGAAAACUUCAGUUCCGGUUACCUGAGUUUUGUCUUAAGAUCUGGAUUAAAUAAUCUUUAUUAUGAACUUUUCCCCAUACAAAAUACUUUUCUUAGUAACCAUUGUGUUCUUGUGGAUUGCAGCCCUUAAUCUUCGAGCAAUCAAAGGUUCAGUACAGCUGCGGGAAAGACUUGAAGUUCCUAACCCUGACAGUGUCUUAUUUCAGCUUUUCACUCGGAAAAAUCCUGAUACAGCACAAUUUCUUCAAGUAGGAAACAUUCUUCUGCUGGAACAGUCAAACUAUAACAAUAGCCUGCCAACCAAAAUGUUUGUUCAUGGUUAUGGUGCUGUUCCUAGUCAGGGCUAUUCUGCUAAAGAUGCAUACUUGUUGCGAGAGGACUGCAACUUUAUUUCAGUAGACUGGACCACCCUUGGUUCCAGUAAUUAUGUAUUAGUUGCAGUAAACAAUAUCCCUAUAGCUGGGUCUACAACUGGUGCCUUUGUAGAUUUUCUUUUUAGCCAAGGAACACCACUGGAUGCUUUUCAUCUUAUUGGAUUUAGCAUGGGGGCCCAUAUUGUUGGUCAUGCUGGAGCCCAUAUGACAUCCACGGGACUCCUACCGAGAAUCACUGGUUUGGAUCCGGCAGAGUACUGUUUUCCUCUAGAACUAACCAACAACCGUCUUGACACAAGUGAUGCAUCUUUCGUAGAUGUCAUUCACACUAGCGAUAUUGCCUAUAGAAAAGCUGCAGGACAUGCGGAUUUUUAUGCCAAUGGUGGCAUCCUUCAACCCGGAUGCUCAUCACGCAUUCCCGACACUGAAUGUUGCAGUCAUUGCCGUGUCGUUGACCUGUUUGCAGAAUCCAUCAACAGCCCAUUAGGUUUCAAGGCGUUCCGCUGUGAUUCUUGGGAGAAUUUCCAGGUUGGCCUUUGUAACAAUAGCACACAGUCGUUCAUGGGAGAGCCAACUUCAUCAAGCACUCGUGGAAAUUUCUACCUAACAACUAAUCGUAAACGGCCGUUUGCACGAAAUUGAUCUGAACUUGAGCAACGAUAGAGAUUGACGAUAUGUAAUUGACAAAAUACUAUAAUCAUCCUCAAUAAAUGGUGAGCCCUAUGGAUGUGCAAAAACUGAUAAUGACAGCUUCCCUGCAACCGUCCGUAGAAUUCUAGAUACGAUUGUGUCUAAGAGUUGUUUAGUGGUAAUGUAUUUUUGUUUGGCUGUAAACCAUUUGGCAUUUAUUUUCACGUUAGCUUUUGGUUUUUACGCGGAGUCGGUAAGUUAUGCCUUCGUUUUCUAAUAAUAUAAGAAAUGAAGCAACAUA